CCCUACUCAUCCGAGAAGACACAAUCUCGAGUCACUCACCAAACAUUUCCUUUGAACCGCUCAACACUAUCAUCCAUGGCAACUUCUCUCUCUGUCUCCAGACUCCUCUCCUCCUCCUCCUCAGCCACCUCCAUCUCCAUCGCCAAACCGUUACUCUCCCCAACCUUCACGGCGCCUCUCUCUUUCACGCGCUCUCUCGCUCCCAACCUCUCCCUCAAAUCCAACACCCGCCGCAGCAUCACCCUCUCCGCCACCAGAUCCUUCUCAACAACCAUCACCUCCGCCAUCUCCGUCGGAGACAAACUCCCAGACUCCACUCUCUCCUACCUCGACCCCGCCACCAACGACGUCAAAACAGUCACCGUCUCCUCCCUAACCGCCGGGAAGAAAACCAUCAUCUUCGCCGUCCCGGGAGCCUUCACUCCGACCUGCUCGCAGAAACACGUCCCGGGAUUCGUCUCCAAAGCGGGAGAGCUCAGAUCCAAAGGCGUCGACGUCAUCGCGUGCGUCUCCGUGAACGACGCGUUCGUGAUGGAGGCGUGGAGGAAGGACCUCGGGAUCAACGACGAGGUGAUGCUGUUGUCCGACGGUAACGGGGAGUUCACGGGGAAGCUUGGCGUGGAGUUGGAUUUGAGGGAUAAGCCUGUGGGACUCGGAGUUAGGUCGAGGAGGUACGCGAUUCUGGCGGAGGAUGGUGUUGUCAAGGUUCUGAAUCUUGAAGAAGGAGGCGCUUUUACGAACAGUAGUGCUGAGGAUAUGCUUAAGGCUCUUUGAUCCCGUUUCUUUUUCUCUGUUUGUGUUUUGUUUUGCUGUCUUCUCUUAUGUUUGAGGCUUGGAGCUUUCAGAUUCUAUGUUUCAUGUCGGAUAAUGUAAUAACAAAUCGGAAUCGUUUGUGAACA